CUCAAACAACAUGGUUUCACCCGGCGCAUGGACUAGUAAAGACUAAAAUGUUUUCAUAUGUUACUUUUAGGGUUAUGCAGGCUUUACUAAUUGUUUGUUCGCUUUUGUCAAGUGUCGUGUGUGUUUCGGAAGACAAAGCUGUAGAGUCCCACAGUCCUAUUCUGUCAUUCAUUAUUUCAGUAUGGCAGAGCAGAUUGUACCUCUACUCUGCAGGUGCUCUUCUCUUUGGCAUCUGGUUCUCAGUGAAAAUGGCACUAAAAAAGAAAAGUGUAUCCAGUGACACAAACUCAUCCCACAAACCUGCGAAGAGCAGUGGAUGCUCUGACAAAGAAAAAGUGGUCCAUGUUUCUGGAGUUAAAAUCUUCUAUGGAUCACAAACUGGAACCGCUAAAGGCUUUGCCAAAGAGCUGUCAGCUGAAGUUGAGGCAUCUGGUUUACCAUGUGAGGUUAUUGAUUUAAAAGAUUAUGAUCCUGAUGACCAACUUGCUGAUGAGAGUACCAACAAAAUAGUUUGCGUGUUUCUUCUGGCCACUUACACCGAUGGACAGCCCACAGAGAAUGCUGAGUGGUUCUGCAAGUGGCUGGAGGAAGCAUCCACUGACUUCCGAUACGGAAAAACAUACCUGAAAGGGCUUAAAUAUGCUAUUUUUGGGCUGGGGAACUCUGUCUACACUGGUCACUAUAACACAGUGGGAAAAACUGUAGACAAGUGGCUGUGGAUGUUGAGUGCCAGUCGGAUAAUGACCAGGGGAGAGGGUGACUGUAAUGUGGUGAACAGCAAACAUGGCAGCAUCCAGGCUGAUUUUAUUGCUUGGAAAGUAAAGUUUUUAAAUCGCUUGAAGAAACUUGUGAAAGGAGAUAAGAAGACCUGUAGUGGAAACUGUAAGAACGGAGGCUCCUGCAAGAACAAGACAAAGCAUGAACAUGAGCAUGAGGAGGAGGGAGAUGCCGUCCAGUCGACCAACAAUGAGGAAGAUCUUUUUGAGUCUAGCAGUGAUGAUGAAGAGUCUGCUCUACAAGAUGAGAGGAAAGGUCCAGUUGUUGACAUGGAGGAUCUUGGAAACAUUAUCAACGGUGUCAAAAAAGCUAAGAGCAAAGAUGAGGAACAGAUGGUAAAACUGUCCAAACUGAACGGCUUUAAAAGGGCUGAAGAUGAGGAGGAGAAAAGAGAGAUGAUCACCCCCACCCUGAGAGAUGCACUGACAAAGCAAGGUUAUAAGUUAAUUGGAAGCCACUCAGGAGUGAAGCUCUGUCGAUGGACAAAGUCAAUGUUGAGAGGAAGAGGAGGGUGUUAUAAACACACCUUCUAUGGCAUUGAGUCACACCGCUGUAUGGAAACCACACCCAGCCUCGCAUGUGCCAACAAGUGUGUCUUUUGUUGGAGACAUCACACAAACCCAGUGGGCACAGAGUGGCGCUGGAAGAUGGAUCCUGCUGAAAAAAUCCUGAAUGAUUCUUUAGAGAAGCAUCAAAACAUGAUUCGAGAAUUUAAAGGAGUUCCAGGAGUCAAGCCAGAGCGCUAUGAAGAGGGUCUGGCAGUGAAGCACUGUGCCCUGUCUUUGGUUGGGGAGCCAAUUAUGUACCCUGAAAUUAAUGCUUUCCUCCACCUGCUCCACUCACACCGGAUCUCCAGCUUUCUGGUCACAAAUGCCCAAUUCCCAGAGGAAAUCAGGAACCUGGUGCCUGUUACCCAGCUGUAUGUCAGUGUGGAUGCCAGUACCAAAGACAGCCUGAAGAAGAUUGACCGGCCGCUGUUUAAAGACUUCUGGCCCCGCUUCCUUGACUGCCUUAAAGCACUGGGAGAAAAGAAACAAAGGACGGUGUACAGACUGACACUGGUCAAAGCCUGGAAUGUAGAGGAGAUGUUGGCCUAUGCAGAUCUCAUCGCUAUGGGACAACCAGACUUCAUUGAAGUCAAGGGAGUGACGUACUGUGGGGAGAGCACGGCGAGCAGCCUGACCAUGGCCAACGUCCCGUGGCAUCAGGAGGUGGUGUCCUUCGUGCAGCAGCUGGCUGACAUGUUACCGCAGUAUGAGAUUGCCUGUGAACACGAGCACUCCAACUGCCUGCUCAUCGCUCACACUAAGUUUAAGAUCGACGGAGAGUGGUGGACGUGGAUCGACUAUGAGCGUUUCCAAGAGCUGGUUCAGGCAUAUGAGGACAGAGGAGGACAGCAGAGCUUCUCAUCUCUGGACUACAUGGCCAAGACUCCGGCCUGGGCUCUGUUUGGGGCAGAGGAGCAGGGCUUUGACCCCGCUGACACUCGCUUCCAAAGGCGCAACAAGACCAAAAACAUCUCAGGGUGCUGAUGAAACAACAAAUGUAGAAUGUCUAGUGCAAAAUGACCAGCUGCUUUUGUAUUGUGUUUUUUUGGUAGGCUGCACAUAAGAUGAUUUUUUUAUUUUUUUAUUUGUCAGGAUUCAAUACAAAGAGUACACUAGCUUCUUUGGAUAUAUUAAUUGAAUUGUCCCUGUAUUUACUUGUUAUUUUCCAACAUUUUCUUUUUUUAUUUAUUAGCAGGCUAGCAAUCAAACCCACCUAUUCUGUAAUAACAUUUAGAUCUAAAAAGAGCAGAUCUCUGACAGUUUCCUACGGUCUGGUCUAUGUCCGCUCAGCCUAUCGCGCUGCAAUGGCUUGUCACCUCCCACACACCCUCAUUAGGAGGAGCUCUCAGACCCACCACGGAGCAGGCCAAGCACAGGUCAGUCCACUGCACAGACACACUAUUGAAACUUGAAAAUCUGCAUUUUUUUUUUUUUUAUCUUAUCAAACCAACCUGUAACUUAAAAUGUCACAGAACCAGUUACUCUAUGUUUUGAUCAGAACUGUAAGGAUUGUGAGACUAGAUUCUCAAACCACUGCAUAGUCAUAUUUUAAAACAAACAUUUUUCAUUCUUUUGCUUUUGUGAGGGUAAUCCAGUGCCUUUUUAAAUUUGAAAAGUUACUUCCAUCAUUACAAUGUGUAUUUUAGAAAACAGCCUUUGGAAAUUUGGUUAGUAAAGGUUUUCUGUUUGUUUGUGUACAUUUAAAAGUCCAUGUUUUAUUUGUUCAGAUCAACGUCACCUGGCUGUAUGGUGUGUUUCAUUUCAAAUAAAUGUCUUUUUAAUAUUAU